CCACCCACCCCACACCCUCUCCACAACUCCUGCCUUCAUUCGGCUCAGACAGGCGGGAAGAGCGCGGAGCCUCGUCACGUAACUGCGAGAAAAACAGCGUCGCAUUGGUAUGAGCGGUCUCUGGAAUCCCCUCCGAGCCGCCCCCUUCAGACUGAACACGUGAGGAGAAGAAAGGGCAGGACUAAAACAUCAGCUCGGCGGAAAGAACCUCAGACAACUUUCUAAAUAAAAACCCAGGCUCAUCAUCCUGCAGCUGCGUUAGCCUCUCCUCUCUCUGCAGACCUCUGGCCUUGAAAACAUCUCAUCUUGGACCGAGCAUAUCCGAGGAGACGGUGACAGGAGCGUGACAAAGCCAACAGAGGGAGAGGACGAAGAGAAGCAACAAGCACCCGGAGACAGAGGGUGUGAGGGGGGAGGAUGGAGGCCCUGCUUCCUGUGCUGAAGAGUCGCCCAGGCCUCUCAGUGCUGGUGAGCUCACUGAUUUUCAGGGUUGUCCACCAACUUCUGCAAAGACUGCCUGUGCCCAAGGUGGUGAGGCAGGAUGACUUCCGCUUCUGGAAGUGGAAGAACCUCUCUGUCUCUAUGGUGCACUCCCUGCUGACUGGAACAUGGGCCCUGACAUGUGUGCUCGUGUGGCCCGAGACGCUGACGGACCUCCACUCCUACCACACGCCGCUGUCUUACCUGCUUGUCUGCGUCUCAACAGGAUACUUUGUGCAAGACGCAGCUGAUAUCAUCUUGACGGGACAUGGAAGAGGAUCAUGGGAAUUCUUACUGCAUCACUCGCUGGUGAUCGGGUGUUUCCUGUACGCCCUCUUCACUCAGCUGUACGUAGCCGGCGCCGUCAUCGCCCUCUUCGUGGAGGUCAACAGUGUCACGCUGCACCUGAGGCUGAUGCUGAAACUGUCCGCCGUUCAGUCGUCCUCCAUGUACCACAUCAACAAAUUCGUCAACCUCUUCACCUACGUCCUGUUUCGUAUGGGCACCCAAUUGUACCUCUCCUGGUAUAUCUUGAACAAUUACUCCUGGAUGGACCGUGGUGGAUACUUCCUCAUCAGCAUGAUGAUGAUGAAUAUCAUGAUCCUGAUUUAUUUCUACCGCCUGAUCCGUGCUGACUUCUUCCCUCGGGGGAGUAAGAGCUACGUGGUACAGAAUGGGACUCAUAACAACAACACCAAGAAGUUCCUCAGUGAUUGAUUGGGGGAAGGUUUACGGGACUUAAUUACGAUUUUUAUUCAGGGUGGGAGUUGACAAAUGUUCUCUUUUUUAAACUAUAACUGACACCAUUCCUCGUGACCACAGGUUCCUUUGUUGUGCCUCUCUGCCAAAGAACAACCCCCCAAAAAUAAUACAUAUUGGUGGAAUAAGAUGCAGCCUGGUUCAGGGUUUGCUUUCUACAGAUGUUGGAGAGUUAUGAUGUUGUUGUUAUUACUUAUUUUACUUGAGAAUGAGAGGUUUGAAUGACGAAUAUUCAGCUUUACCAUUUUCAACUUGAAUGUUGAUAAUAUGUCGUGAACGCAGCAUUUGCGUACAAAUACAAGAGUUGCAUCGAUAUUCUCAUUCAGCUCUCAGCUAGAAGUUGACGUCCAUUUCCCUGAACUCUAUUAUAUUUAAUCCAUCAAGAAAAAAGAUUGUGGGAUAAUUUGUUUAACACGUACGUUUGAAUUGUGGGGCCAUUUAAAAGUGGGCAAUGAUUCCUAAUGUGUUGUUAUCAAACCCUUAUGACAAAGAAAUUUAAAUGAGGUUUGAUAUUUUACAGUUUAACCAAAAACUUAUAACUAUAACUGAAAAGGAAAAGAAAACACAAAUAAAACCAAAGAUAUAGAAGUCGAAAUAGGAAAAUAAACGUAAAUGUUUUCUGCAUUGUUUUAUUCUAUUCAAAUAAAAGUUUGCAUUUCAUGUUGGUGCAUAUCUGCAAACUGAAGACAGUGAUAUCCGAUAUGUCUGUGAAAGGCUCAUAUCGGGCUCUAGUAGGAAUAUUUGCAAGGUUUUCUCUCCCUGGUUGUUCGAACUAUGGCCAAGUGGGAUUUUCUAACAUGAAUUUGAGCGCUCACAUUUUAAUACUAUGUCUAAAUACAGUAUGUCCGCUCCCCUUUUCUCAAUGAAGCCAUUUGUGGCAGAGGAGGUACUGUGACUGAACUGGGAUAUAAUGAUAUAAACCAAAUGAACUAGUCUCAUGUGAAAUCUGUUGGUAUUUGACACAAGUGGAGCCGAGGCUGCAUCUUCUUGCCAAUUACACCGUUUACAUAACUUUGCUCACAGGGACGUGGGAGAAACCUUCAUAAUGAGCAGGCAGCAGCACAAUCAGCACUGAUACUGCGUUAUGAGUAGCUAGACUCGAUGUGGAGGGACAGAAGAAUAUCUUCAGUGUGUGCAUUUGCUUGUUUAAGAAGUAAUAGUACGUUUACAGAGUAGAUUGUUUUUUUCAAGAUGUCGAAAGACGAUAUUCUGAUGAAGUCGUGAAUCGUCUUACUUUACUCAAAAGUCGAUCUAUAGCAUUUUGCAAAUACAUGUGGAUUCCUUUUAAUAUUUCAAAGGAUGAUACAAGUGCCCAGCAUCGAACCAUUAGUGGCCUCAAAAUGCAGAUUUUCGAAUCAUGCCAAAAAGACCGUAUGUGCUGACAGUGGCUUUUCAAAUAAUGAACAGUACAUUUCAUUUUCUAUUUCAGCCGGCAGCGGCAAAAUCAGACAGAGAUGUUUGGACAUGUCUGAGCUGUGCUACAGUGCCUUCACCGCAGUGCCUUUUAAAAACAUAAAGACACAGUGGGUUACAGAAUGAUAUGUGUGUGUGGGUUUGUAAAAGCUGAGAGAUUAUUGAGUCAAACUAACACUAAAUACAUUUGACCACGAUCCACAAUAAUUAGGGCCCGAGCACCGACAGUACGAAGGCCCUAUUGCUUUUCUUUUCAUUAUUCAGGAAAAUGAGUCGAAUUUGACGGCUUGAACGUACUCGAAAACUCACCAAACUUCAAGGGCGCGUCAGGCCUGAUGAAAAUGUAUGUAUUCUGGAGUAUUUCGAAAUUGGCGUGGUAAAGUGGCUCAACGGCGCCCCCCGAAAAGGCAGCAAUUCCAUCUGGUGUAACCGAUUAUCACGAAAUUCGAAAAAAAAGUCUGCGGCACCAAUUUGAUUAAUGCAACAGGAUGUCGGACAUUUUGGAUUUUACCUAAACAGAUCUAUUACUCUUUAUGUAGCGAUAGCGAUAGCACCACCUACUGCCAAAAGGAGGUAAUCCUCGUUUUACAACUUCAAUUCGAUUUACACAAAUUUUCACCGUUUUGUCUACACUUGAUGUUGUGGACCUUAAUGCGUGAUUAGUGGGCGUGGUCCAGCGCCGCAUGAUGAAUGCAGGAAGUGACGUGUUUAUCCUUCCUGCGAUACACAAAACGCACGCAGCACGGUGUCAUUUCGCCCGGCCCCUGUUUGACCUCCCUCCCCCGCAGCAGCAUCAGGUCCUGAGAUCGCAAGUGCUCGGGCCCGCACAGAGCUGCUAACAGCCCCAGUGUAUCAUGUAUUAAAGUGACAACUGUUUUCAGGAGCCUUGUAUUUUGGAUUGUUGAGUAAAACCAUGAAUUAAAAAAGUAUUUAAAAUCA